AACUUUUCAUAGAGAAAAUAAUUUCAUGUCAUCAACAAUUCAAUUACUAAUCGACAUUUGAAAAUGAGUAGAUUUUACCCCACCCCUUCCCGCACACAUGCGCAGUAGAGCAUUAUUCUCUUAACCUUCAUUCGAAGAAGAAAUUCGACAGUAAACACGUGUUUGGAACACGUAAACAUAUUCACCUUGAGUAAUUUUGUACAGAGAUUUUAUAAGAUAAAUAUAUUUCCAUAAUGAAUGUCAAUGUUAUACCGUGCACCACGUGGGUGAAACGAGGUGUUGCUGCUCCAAACCCUGAAAAAGUUCAAUUGACACCUGCAGAAUUAGAGGGAAUUAUAAAGAACACACAGACAGAACUAGAGGAUGUAGACAGUGAUUCAGAAGUGAAUGAUCAGAACGACCAUUCAACAUCUAAUGGAAAUCAGAGUAGAAAUAGUGCUCCAUCCGGAUCGACUGCAGCAUCAACAGACGAAUUUAAUUUCGAAAAUUAUGAUGAUGAAGAUGGAAACAUUCAAUGCAACAUCGGAGGAUUAGCAGUGAUAAAUGCUGACGGUAAAGAUCCAUUUGUGACAGUUGGUGACGAUGAAGAUGAAGAUUCAGAGAAAGAGGACGAUGUGAUAAAGCCAGAUGACAAUCUUGUUCUUGUGGCACAUGUCGAGGGUGAUGCUAGCCUCCUGGAGAUAUUUGUUUAUAAUGAAAAGGAGGGCUCCUUCUAUUGCCAUCAUGAUCUCCUCCUGCCUGCAUUUCCUUUGUGCAUGGAAUGGCUCAAUUUCGAUCCUUCCGAUGCUAAACCAGCUAAUUUCUGUGCCAUCGGAGACAUGACUCCGAUAAUUCAAGUCUGGGAUUUGGAUUUGAUCGAUUGUCUAGAGCCAGCAUUCACUCUGGGCUCAAAACCCAAGAAGAAGAAGAAACAAAAACGUGUGGGGCAUAAAGACGCUGUCUUGGAUCUUGCUUGGAAUUCUAAUUAUACGCAUGUAUUGGCGAGUGGUUCAGUAGAUCAAACAGUACUACUAUGGGAUUUGGAAAACGGCACGCCAGUUACUAAAAUCAAACACUUUGCAGAGAAAGUUCAGUCUAUUGCAUUUCAUCCCCAUGAGACCCAUCAUUUGUUGACUGGGUGUGCAGAUAGCACAGCUAGACUAUUCGAUUGUCGCGUUGACGAUACAUUUAAAUCGUGGGAAACUACUGGAGAAGUGGAGCGCGUUCUGUGGAACCAUUUCGACCCAAAUUAUUUCUUCAUAAGUACAAAUAACGGCAACAUUGAGUGCAUCGACGUGAGACAAGGUCAGCACGUCUGGCAGAAAAAGGCCCACGAAAAAGAGAUUACAGGUUUAUCACUGAGUUCAUCCUGUCCUGGGUUACUAGUGACAAGUUGCGACGACAGUGUAAUCAAAGUAUGGGAUGUAUUAGACAUCCACAAAAUGGACCUCAUAUUCGAGAAGAAAACCAACUUGGGAGCACUUCAGUGCCUCGCCUCCUGCCCAGACAGUCCCUUCGUGUUCACCUCUGGAGGUGACAAUAAAUCCCACAAUUACAAGGUCUGGGAUCUCAUGGAGAUCACAGCUGUUUCAGAGAGAUUCAAAGGAAGACAAUUAAGAUUUCCUGAUAACGCCGUAUCACCGAGCAGUGAUAAUCACCAAGGAGAAUUAAUGGAAGUCACCGAAGACAUGGAAUGCAUAACUCUGAAAGAUAAAAAGAAAUGUAAAUAAAUUAGUCUCAAGAAAAUGAGUCAAUUCAACAAAGUUAGAUUUUUAUUUUCCUUUUGUUUUUCAUUUUUCACUACUUCAAUAAUUUACACCUAUAAGUUUCAUCAUAUAUAUAAAAAAAAUACAAGUAUAUUUCCAUUCUGACCAAUUACUCGAAACGUAUUCAUUAUUUAUUGCAUUCUAUUUCCGAAUAUUGGUAUAUAAUAAAUAUAUCGUCGUAGAGCAAGAGGCGUAAGAGCUGUGCUUGCACACACCACAUACCCCCCUUUGGCUGCACGACGACGAUAUAUUCAAUUUCAGAAAAGAAAGUGAACGAAAGUACGGCAGUGUAAAUGCAUAGAUAUUAAAUUAUGCUGUUACAUAUAAAAUUUAUACAUGAGUUUGAUUUUAUCAUUUUGUUUCGUAAUUUCACUGAGUAGAAAAAUUCUAUAUUGAGCAAAAGUAAACGAAAUGAGACUGAAUAACGCGGUAUUACACAAUGUAUCCUUGGCUAGUCGUAAUAAAUUAUUACCCCUAUAAACUUUAA